AUGUCUGUUUCUGAAGCUGUUGCUCAUGUGGCUUUCCUCCCAAGUGCUGGCAUGGGUCACCUCAACCCAUUUCUCAGACUAGCGGCGUUGUUCCUCCGCUAUGGUUGCAAAGUUACUCUCAUCAUUGCCAAACCUAUGGUAUCACUGGCAGAGUCAAACCUCAUUUCUUGCUUUUGUUCUUCAUUUCCUCACCAAGUAACUCAAAUUGACUUCAACCUCAUCCCUAUGGAUCCAACAACAUUUAACACCAAUGACCCUUUUUACCUUCAGUAUGAAACCAUUCGUAGUUCGGUCCACCUUCUAUCUGAAAUCCUAUCUUCUCUUUCGAAGACUCUCUCAGCUUGCAUCUUCGAUGUUUUGUUGACUUCUCCUGUAGUUUCAAUUGCCGAGAAUCUCUCUUGUCCCAGUUACAUUUUCUUCCCUUCGUCAGCUAGAAUGUUGUCUUUCAUUGCUUUUGUUUCUGUUCUUGCUGCUUCCCAUCCAGCUGCACAACCACACCCUUCUACUUUCAUUGGCGAUGUUGUUCAAAUUCCGGGCUUUACAUCAUCAAUACCAAGAUCCUCUGUCCCUUCCGCUUUACUUCUUCAAGGUAGCAACCCCUUUCAGAGAAUGCUCGUGGAGGACAGUCUCAAUCUCAUGAAAUUCAAUGGGAUUUUCAUCAACUCGUUUGAGGAACUGGAAGGAGAGGCACUAGCAGCAUUGAAUGAUGGAAAAGUGGUAAAAGGGUUGUCCCCGGUGUAUGGCAUUGGUCCCUUAAUGGCGUGUAAGUUUGAGAAUGUGGAUCAAGGUCCAAGGGGUUGUAUGGGUUGGAUACUGGAGUGGCUUGAUGAACAAGCUGAAGGGUCGGUGGUGUAUGUUAGCUUGGGGAGCAGGACUGAGACAAGGAAGGAACAGAUAAGGGACAUGGCUUUGGGGUUAAUAGAAUGUGGGUAUAGUUUUUUGUGGGUGGUGAAGUUGAAGAGGGUUGACAGAGAAGAGGAUGAGGGUUUGGAGGAUGUGUUGGGGAGUGAGUUGAUGAGUAAGGUGAGGGAAAAGGGUGUGGUUGUGAAGGAGUUUGUGAACCAGAUGGAGAUUCUAGGGCACCCUGCAGUGGGGGGGUUUGUGAGUCAUGGAGGGUGGAACUCGAUAACUGAGACUGUGUGGGAAGGAGUGCCUGUUCUGACAUGGCCUCAGGGUGGGGAUCAGAAGAUAAACUCAGAGUGCAUAAGGAUUAGUGGAGUGGGGAUUUGGCCUGAGGAUUGGGGGUGGGGAUCACAAGAUGUUGUGAGAGGGAAGGAGAUUUCUAACAGAAUAAAAGAGAUGAUGAACAAUGAAUCUUUGAGGGUCAAAGUGAACGAAAUGAAGAAGGCAGCCAGAAAUGCUGCUGAUGUUGGUGGGAGUUGCGAGGUCUUCGUUAAGAGGCUAAUUGAAGACUGGAAGAAGAAUAUUCAAGCUAACCAUGCUUGA